UCUGUCUGAUGGGGACGGGGCGAUGGGGCUGAGUGAUGCGCAAAGUGGCACCGGAGCGAGUGCGUAAAAGUCACCGGCUGCGACGCACGGACUUGGAACAACAUGGAUACACCGUGACUGCGCUCCAGGACGAGGCGCGGGCUCCUUCUUAUCGCGUGACCUGACCCUUCGCCAUCAUGCCGGUCCUGGAGAGGGAGAGCUCCAAAGACAAAGGAGGAGACAAUGCUCUUCCUAAACUACCAAUCCCAGAGCUGGCAGACACUCUGCAACUGUACCUCCGCUGUGUGAAGCACCUGCUCACAGAAGAACAGUUCAACAGGACACAGACCAUAGUCCAACAGUUCGGCGCCCCUGCAGGCGUGGGGGAGCUACUGCAGCAAAAACUCAAGGAUAAGAGGGACAAGACUGACAACUGGGUGUACGAGUACUGGCUGAAUGACAUGUACCUGAACAACCGGCUGCCUCUGCCCGUGCACUCCAGCCCCGCCAUGGUGUUCCCCCCACGGCACUUCAGAGGACCCUCAGACUGUCUCAGGUUCGCAGCACAUUUGAUUUCUGGGGUGCUGGACUACAAGACACUACUCGACGCCCGUGCCCUGCCUGUGGACUACACGCGGGGACAGUUAGCGGGGACCCCUAUGUGCAUGGAGCAGUACUACCGCCUCUUCACCUCCUACAGACUACCGGGGCCUCAGAGGGACACACUAGUGGCCCAGGAGAGCAGCGUGAUGCCUGAACCAGAACAUAUCAUCGUGGCGUGCAAGAACCAGUUCUUUGUGUUGGACGUGGUGAUAAACUUCCGUCGCCUGAAUGAGAGAGACCUGCUCACUCAGCUGGAGAGGAUCAUGAAGAUGGCCGACAGCGAGGAGGAGCGCCUGCCCCCGAUCGGGCUACUCACCUCAGACGGGCGGACUGAGUGGGCGGAGUCUCGUGCUGUACUCAUGAGAGAAUCGACCAACAGGGACUCUCUGGACAUGAUCGAGCGCUGCAUGUGCCUGGUCUGCCUGGACGACGCUAGCGGACCAGAGAUUAACGACAGCACGCGGGCGAUGUUAAUGCUGCACGGGGGAGGGCCGCGCAAGAACGGGGCCAACCGCUGGUACGACAAGCCCAUGCAGUUUAUCAUAGGAGCGGAUGGCUGCUGUGGAGUUGUGUGUGAACAUUCCCCGUUUGAAGGCAUUGUACUGGUCCAGUGCACGGAGCAUCUACUCAAAUACAUGAUUGGCAGUCCAUCUAAACUGGUGAGAGCGGCGAGUGUGAGCGAGCUGCCUGCACCACGAAGGCUCCGAUGGAAAUGUACCCCGGAAAUCCACAAACUUUUAUCCGCAUCUGCCGACAAGCUACACAGGUUGGCAAAAAACCUGGACAUGAAUGUGUACAAAUUCUACAAGUACGGGAAAGAGUUUAUAAAGAAGCAGAAGAUGAGUCCAGAUGCCUAUAUUCAAGUGGCUCUGCAGUUAGCAUAUUACAGGUGUCAUGGCCGACCCGCGUCCACUUACGAAAGCGCCUCUACCCGCCGAUUCCGACAGGGACGAGUGGACAACAUCCGCUCGGCCACGCCCCAAGCUCUGGCCUUCGUCGCAGCAAUGACUGAUGGGAAAUUGAGUUCAAGCGAGAAGAUGGAGCUGUUACAAGACGCCAUAGCAGCACAAACAAAAUAUACUAUUCUGGCAAUUACAGGGAUGGCCAUAGACAAUCACCUUCUGGGACUGCGAGAAAUAGCACGAGAGCUGAAGAUGGAGACACCAGAGAUCUUCACAGAUGAAGCCUAUCUCAUCAGUAACCAGUUCAUCCUCUCCACCAGCCAGGUUCCUACCACAGUGGAGAUGUUCUGCUGCUAUGGUCCGGUCGUCCCAAAUGGAUAUGGAGUGUGCUACAACCCCCAGUCUGAUCACAUCAUCUUCUGCGUCUCCAGUUUCUAUGACAGCCCCCAGACCUGUUCCACCAACUUCUCCAAAACUGUGGAGAAGGCCCUGGUGGACAUGAGGGACCUGUGCACCAUCUCCAAACCUACCUGCAAACCUGGUAUUUGCAACACAAGUGCACAAAGACAAAGCAAACAGGGUCAGAGUGUGGAGAGCAAGGGAAGCGCCACACCCAGAGCAGAGGAACCCACCAAGAACCAGGCGCCUCUGCCCAAAGUGGUGGUGAAGACAGCAGAGAAGAGCUCAGCACAGGGAGGAGGGCACUGAGGAGAGGGACUAUCCAACCAUAUAAGUGCACUUAAUGAUACAGUGACUGUGUUCUAUGUGAAUCAGUGAUACUUACAUUGUGCAGUAAGUAGUAAAAGUACUUUGAAGUUUGAAAUCAACUAAAUGUUAAUAAACAGAGUAGUAUAUGGAUGUUGAUUCAGUAAAAACGAAAUAUAACUUGACAAAAGCGUUAUAGCCUAUAGCCUAUAUAUGAGAAACCCUGUGUGUUGUUAAAGUCAGAGUAGCUGUAUUCACAUAUACUGUAAUGUUAUAGUAUGAUAUAGAUUACUGUGAGGUAAAGCAGGUUUAUUAAUAAGAGGUACAAUAUGUAUUAAUAAGAGCUACAAUAAUGGCAUUAUUUUAUUCUUAUGAGACCACUAAACUGUAUUUAGCCUAUUGAGUGCAUGCGGCGAUCAUAUUCUUAUUAAUGUGGAACUAUAAGUUCUAUGCAAUUUGUGUGCUGUCUUUUUGUACAGUUUGUUUAUGUGCAAUAAUAAUGUUAUUACUGAGUUGAAGAACUCAAAUGACUGAGACAGAUACUGUGCUUUUAAACAGGGAGUUACUUCCUGUCUGACAAUGAUGUUCUAGAAAGUGUUGAAGUAGGUUUGUGUGAGCCUACAACUAUGUAUUAGAUUAGCAACAAUCAAAGUGUAUUUAUUUUGCAAUACCAGAGACAAUAUGAGGGGCUGAGGAGUAGCCUCUAUGUUAAAAGUACAAUGUACAUAUACAGAGCAAAGUAAAUUA